AUGGCUAAUGCAAUUGUAAUGCCGAGUUUUCUGCCACGACCCUUUACCCAGACGACGCCGUUGCAGCUGCCCACUCACACUCACUCCUUCCAAUCCCCUCGCUCCUCCCUCUCCCUCACAACCCAAUCGGCUAAAGGUUUUGCAGUUCCAAGAAGGAAAGCAAUGUCCUUGAUCUUAUCAACUUACAUUCUCUCAAAGGUCGAUGUAGCACUGGCUCAACAGUCUCCUGUGUUCCGCGAAUACAUUGAUGCGUUUGAUGGUUAUUCAUUCCAGUACCCAGGGAGUUGGAUUCAAGUCCGUGGUGCUGGGGCUGACAUAUUCUUCAGGGACCCCUAUGUUCUUGAUGAAAAUCUAUCGCUUGAAAUUUCUUCACCAUCAUCCUCCCAAUACAAGAGUGUUGAGGACUUGGGUCCACCCCAAGAAGCUGCAAAGAAAGUCCUCAAACAGUAUCUGACUGAGUUUAUGUCUACUAGACUUGGUGUUAGACGUGAAUCAAAUAUUCUUUCAACUUCUUCAAGAGUAGCCGAUGACGGCAAGUUAUACUAUCAAGUUGAGGUAAACAUCAAGUCAUAUGCCAACAACAAUGAACUUGCUGUAAUGCCACAAGACCGGGUAGCACGUCUGGAAUGGGAUCGUAGGUACCUAUCUGUUCUUGGGGUUGAAAACAACCAACUGUAUGAGUUGAGAUUGCAGGUGCCAGAAAAUGUGUUUGCAGAGGAGGAAAAUGAUCUUCGUAGAAUCAUGGAUUCGUUUCGAGUAAACAAGACUGCCGGUUAG